AUGGCGAUAGACUUCAGUCGGAUGACGGUGGUGGAGUUGCGCCAGGAGCUAAAACGGCGCAACCUACCGCAGAACGGGAAAAAGGCGGACCUUAUCGACCGGUUAGUUACGUUUGAGAGUGACCGAACAUCACCAGAGCCCCGCGACGACUCAGUGGAAGACGAUCACGAAGCGAAUGGUUCGCCGCCUGAGAAGGGUGUAGCGGAGGAGCAGGACACCGCCCUCUCGCCUCUCCCACGAGAAGAAGAUUCUGCAGAGGCACCGCAUCCCUCAACCGCUGAGGCAGCUGCGCAAACUCCAAUCACCAACCAAGACACAGACAGCACACCCGCAGCUGCCAUUGAGCCCGCCGAGUCGGCCGAGGUCCCAGUUCCAGCACAGGACUUGGCUCCCAAGGAUGUUGACGAGGCUGCCAACACCACGCCAAUCCCUGCCACCGAAAUCAUUACGGACACUGUGAGCCGCAAACGUCGGUCGCGAAGCCCCCCGCCCGAGAUCGAGUCAUCCAGAAAGCGCGCGCGACCUAGCAACGACCGACCUGGUGAAGAAAAUAUUCCUCUGCACACCAACAACCUCCGCUCUCAGGCGACCCGCGAGUACUCGCCUGUGGCUCAACCUGUGCCUACUCCGCAAACGGCGGCAGAGAUCCACGCAACUACCCUAGAGACUUCUCCGUUCGAGAAAGAGGAUCACCACGAACCCACCGAAGAGCGCAACUGGCAGCACCACCGAGCGCCUACCCCGCAACGCUACCAAGAGCAAUCGGGCGACUCCGUCGACGAGCCGAUCCCAGAGUUCGAAAGAGACGUUGCGCCAGCACAGCACCCCGCCACAUCUGCACUUUACAUAAAGAAUUUUAUGAGGCCUUUGAGGGAGCCGAUGUUGCAAGACUACCUGGUUGACCUUGCCGCAUUGCCUGGUGCGGCACCCGAUCCGAGUUGUCUUGUUGAUUUCCAUCUCGACCAAAUUCGCACUCACGCGCUUGUGAGUUUCACCAGCGUUUCUGCAGCCUCGCGAGUCCGGACAGCUUUGCACGGGACUGUGUGGCCCAACGAGCGCAACAGAAAGGAACUUUGGGCAGAUUUCAUCCCCGAGGAUAAGGUGGCCGAGUGGAUCGAGCGAGAGCGUUCUGAAGGUGGACGAUCAAAUCGUUGGGAAGUUCAUUACGAACCCGACGAGGAAGGAAUCAUCACAGCCAGUCUGGUAAACGCAGAGAUGGAGCCCAUCCGUCGCAAUUCCACGAGGCAGCCUCUCGGCCCACCUCCGGUUCCGACCGGGCCAGCGCGCAGCUACCCAGGCGUCGAGGGAGCGCCUUUGGGUCCGCGUGGCCGAGGAACGAACCACUACCGCCAAGCGCAAAUGCCGGCAUCGACCGUAGCCACUGCUGGCGACCGCGACCGCAACCGCGACUAUAACGAUAAUAACGACCGCAACCUUGACUACAAGACUACGCGCGCAUACCCGUCCAUUCAAUACAAGCCCGUCCCGGAGGACGUCGCCAAGCGCCGGUUGGACAACAUGAAUGCGCACAUCACCAGGGACCGCCGUCGCGACUUGGGCCGCCCGGAUGAGAUCAACAGGUACACAUUCGAAGAUGGCGACAUGUUUGUCGACCGCGGUAAGGAAGCUUUCGUCGGCAUCCGCCAUCCGUACCGCGAGAACAAUCGCCGCCGUGCGGGCAUGGGUCGCGGCGGCGGCAACCGGGGCCCACCCCGCCGCCGCACCCCUUCUCCCCGCCGGCCCGUACGUGAUGACGGCGGCUACCGCGGCGGCCGCCGCAACGAUUAUGACCGCAGUUACCGAGAUCGGGACGACGAUCGCCGCGACCGCCGCGACGACCGUGACAGGGACUUUGGCCGCGACCGCUACCGUGACGAGGUCCCUCGCUCGCGCUUUGACGGUCAGCCGCUUCCCACGUUUGGCGGUGGUGGCGGCCGCGGUGGAAGAUGGGGAGGUGGUGGUGGUGGUAGACGGGACCGUUUCUAG